UCAUUUUUCAGUUGCAAACCAAAUGGGAGGGAGUAAGAAACACUGGAAAAUUCUAUCCAUGAGGUUUCAGCAAUAGAUAUCACUGUGCCCAUGUCCAUGUCUUCUUCUUCUCCCCCACUUUGGUUAUUUUCAUGCCCUUCAUUUUCUUCCACUUGUAAUCUCUCAUCUCUCUGCAUUCUUUAUCAUAAUCCUCAGACCAUUUCCUUAAGAAGUUUUAACAUUUCAAGGUUUAGACUUUUUUGUUCCCAUCAAACACUUGAAUUGGAUACCCAAAAUGUUAAGAAAAAGAGAAAACCCAGACCCAGUUUCUUGGAACAAAUUGAAGAUAAAUGGUCUGUGAAAACCCCUUGUUUGACCCAAAAAUUCCCAUGGGAAGAAGAUGGUCAUAAGAAAGGAAGUACUCAACAAUUGCCUGAAUUUGCUGCAACUGAGUCAAGAAUUGAUGAUAACUCGGUGGUGAGUGAGUCAGUCAGUGUUGGAUUUGUGAAAAAUAGAGUGAAGUUAGCUCAGUGGAAUCAAAGAAGCAAAACCCACAAAACCCAUAUGGAUUUUGAAGCUGAAGAAAGUAGUGGUGUUAGAGGCAAAAGGGAUGGUGAAUUUGCUGGGACUGAGUCAAGAGUUGAUGAUAACUCGGUGGUGAGUGAUUCAAGUAGUGUUAGUUAUGUGAAUAGACAGGCAAGGUUAUCUCCUUGGGAUCAAAGAAUCAAACCCAAGAAGGCCCAAAUUGAUUUAAAUGGUACAAGUGUAGAAAGUAGUAGUGUUAGAGGCCAAACGAUUGAUGAAUUUGCUGGGAUUAAGUCGAGAAUCGAUAAUAAUAUGUUGGUGAGUGACUCAGUGGAUGUGGGUAAUCAGGUAAAGUUUGCUCCUUGGGAUCAAAGAAGCAAUUCCAACGAGGGCCAAAUCGAUUAUGAAGCUGGAAAUCUAGAAACUAGUACUGUUAGGGAAAAGACGGUUGACGAGUUUCCACAGGGUUAUCUUCUACAAUCGAAGAAUUUAGGUAUUGUUCUCGAGAAAGAUGAUACCGUUGAAGAAACUGAUAAUGUGGAUGAUGCAAUUUCAAGUGAGUUACUAUUGGAGAAAAAUGACAGGAAAUUUGAUAAGCUUGAUGAAAAGUUAUCUUACGAAGGGAUAUUAUCUGGUAUUAUCCAGCAAGAAGUUGGAAGGGCUGGGGAUUCUAUAGAUGGAUGUGAUAUAAUGGGGCCAUUGGAUGAUAAAUUAGGAGAAGAAGAUAAACUGAAGAAGAUGAUGCCUUGGGAGCCUAUGGAAUCUACGAAGGAGGAGUCUAUGAAGAGCAAUACAAUGUUGGCUGAAAAACUAAUUCCGGAACCUGAACUGAAGAGGCUAAGAAAUGUGUCAUUAAGGAUGGUAGAGAGGAUCAAAGUUGGAGCAGCUGGCAUCACGCAGGCCCUAGUUGACUCUAUACAUGAGAAGUGGAAAGUUGACGAGGUUGUUAAAUUGAAAUUUGAAGGACCUACUGCUGUAAACAUGAAGAGGAGCCAUGAUAUCUUGGAGCGAAGAACUGGAGGUUUGGUGAUAUGGAGGUCAGGUAGUUCAAUAGUUUUGUUUAGAGGAAUGGCCUACAAGCUUCAGUGUGUCAAAUUAUUCACCAAUAAUCAGCCUAAUGUUAAAGUAUCACAGCCUCCAAAGUAUUUCGAAGAUGAUUCUCCAAAUGUUACUCCCAGCAGCUCAGGUAGUUCUUCAGAGGCAUCAACACCCAAUUCAGCAAGUUACACAAAGGGUCUUUCUGAAGGUGGUAACAUGGAUCUAAGUGAGUUGAACUUUCUGUUAGACGAGAUUGGUCCAAGGUAUGUAGAUUGGGCAGGCCGUGAUCCGCUGCCUGUUGAUGCUGACUUACUUCCAAAUGUAGUUUCUGGUUAUAAGCGUCCAUUCAGACUUCUUCCAUACGGGAUACGACAUUCUUUGAAAGACAGGGAGAUGACUUAUAUCCGCAGGGCUGCCAGGAAUAUGCCUCCACAUUUUGCCCUGGGACGAAAUAGAGAGCUGCAAGGCCUGGCUAAGGCUAUGGUGAAGCUGUGGGAAAAAAGCGCCAUUGCUAAGAUAGCUAUCAAGCGCGGUGUGCAUAAUACUCGCAAUGAAAGGAUGGCUGAAGAACUCAAGAUAUUAACUGGGGGAACACUGAUAUCUAGAAACAAGGACUAUAUUGUCUUUUACAGGGGUAAUGACUUCUUACCCCCUGAUGUAACACAGACGCUGGUAAAAGCGCAAAACCUAGCUGCUAUCAACCAGGAAGAGGAAGAUCGGGCCCGUCAAAAAGCGUUUGAUCUUAUGGAAUCAAAUACCAAAGCUUCUAAGGAACACCCGCUGGUUGCAGGAACGCUUGCCGAGACCAUGGCAGCAACCUCACGCUGGGGAAACCAGCCAACCGCUGAAGAAAAAGAGAAGAUGAUGAAAGACUUAGCUUUGGCUAGACAUGCUUCUCUAGUUAGGUUUCUUGAGAAGAAGCUUUCCCUUGCAAACAGGAAAGUGAAAAGGGCUGAGAAGGCUUUACGAAAGGUGCUGGAUUAUCUGGAACCAGCUUCACUCCCUGAUGAUCUGGAAACUUUAAGUGACGAGGAAAGAUUUCUAUUUCGUAAGAUUGGCCUGAGUAUGAAGCCUUUUUUGCAUUUAGGGUUAAGAGGAAUUUUUGACGGCACCAUUGAAAAUAUGCACUUGCACUGGAAGUAUCGCGAGCUGGUAAAGAUAAUAGUUGAUGGUAAAAGAUUUGCUCAAGUCAAGCAUAUUGCUAUUGCUCUCGAGGCAGAAAGUGGUGGAGUAUUAGUAUCUGUGGACAGAACUACUAAAGGCUAUGCAAUUAUAGUUUAUCGUGGAAAAAAUUAUAGGCGACCCAGUGCCGUGAGACCCAAGAAUCUUCUUACCAGAAGGCAGGCUUUAGCUCGAUCAAUUGAACUUCAGAGACGUGAGGCACUAAAGCAUCAUAUUACAGAGUUACAAGCAAAGAUUAAGAAACUCAAGCUUGAGCUGGAGGAUAUGACAGUCGUAAACAGGAUUAGUGAGGAUACCUUUUACUCAAGGGUAGAUAAUGCUUCUGACAGUGAUGAAGAUGAUGACGACAGCAUGCAGGAGGACGACGAUGAAGAAGCGUACCUUGAAGUGUAUGACAGCGGAGAUGAGGAUGGUAAAUCUGAAAUGGCAUUUGGACAUUGAUGAGAGCAAGAAAAAGAUGCAUUCUCCUAGAUAUUCAUGAUGUACUAGAAUCCUUGUGCCCAUAUUAUGGUUAGUCAUCUGAAUAUAUUUACCAGGCCUCGGCAUGCAUAUUGUGAUAAUUCCUUUCUUAUGUUAGUGUACGGCCAAAUUUAGAUCUACCUGAAAUAAUGUUAGUCUCGAGCUUGUAAAGAAAAAUAGCAGCAGUAUAUCUUCUUUGAUUUGA